AUGCCUCGUUCUAGGAGAGCGGUCGUGUCUGUGCCCGCGAUGAACACGCGAAGCAAGUCUAGCAGGAUGGCUGUACCAUAUGGUGCAAUGUCUACUGCAUCCACAUCUUCUCGCAACAUCUCAAAGUCAACCUUAGGAUCAAAUUCAGCCUCUAUCCCUGGCUAUCACCGGUCAAGCUCUACAUCUACCCCAGAGUUGACGGCAGGCUCUCACCACGCUACUUUUAGGUCUGCCUCAGCCUUGACCUCCAACUCUACCUCUAACUCCUCCAUCUCGGACUGUACUCCAUCAAACCCCCAUCAUGACACUCUGCGAUCCGACUGCACAACACCUCGACGCCGCUCUAGACCUACCGUGCUCACGCCUCCGAGCACCGAGCAGCGACUUUCCAGGAAGCGAUCAUUCAGCUUAUUGCAGGCUAGUCAUGGAGCCCUUGCACCAGUUAGUCCAGCCCGAGAAGAAAGAGAAGUGGAAGAAGAAGAAGUAGAAGGAAGAGGAGGAGGAGGAGGAGGAGGCACGGAACUGGCUCUGGGCAUCAACGCUCAUGGCCAGCACCGUGUGGCACCCAUUUUGGAGCCGCAUGCGGCCCUCCACGCCGUCAAGCGCUUCCUGUGCACGCCGCAGGCCACCACAAAUCUGUCUAGUGCGCGAGAUCUCGUUGAGACGCUUGACCCGCCACCACGCUGGGACGAAGCAUCGGUGCAGAAUCUGCUUCUGCUGAAUAGCAUUGUUCUACCGCAUCACACGGUUAUUGCGAAAGCAGGAUUGCAGCAUCUUAUAGAGGAUGCGCAGCACUGCGGCGGCCCUUGUCAUGGUACUACUACCAUGUCAGCUGAAUGCGAACAGGCAUAUGUGUCUGUGGAGCACGAGGGGGACGACGAGGACGAUGCAGAAGAGGAGACGUUACGCAGCGUGAGUAACAGGACUGGCAGCAAGAAGAAAAGUCUCGUUGAAGCAUGGUGGGACCGCUUCCUCGCUGUCACUCUCUCCGACAUCAGCACCCUGCCCCCAGCUGCCUACGAGAUGCUGUCCCAGGACGCAGCCACCACCAUCGCCGCACUCAAUCUCACGUUGAUGAGCAGCCCAACGUCAAAUGAUAUGGUAGAAGACGGCCCAGGCAAAGGCGAAGGCGAAAGCAAUUUCACACGAGAAAGACAGCAGCAGCUUCUCAGUACACGCAUCCUGUUCAUGUACAACAUGGGCCUCGCUGAUGCCCUACGCAUCAUCAUGCAUAUUUUCUUCUACGCAGUAACGUACCACCCAGACCCCAGCCAAUGGCGCAUCCACGCCGGCGUCGACCACGGCACCCAACCCCAUCCCAACCAACAGUCGUCGUCGUCGUCGUCAUCAUCUUCCUCCUCCUCCUGGAGCCCCCCCAAAAGACGCCUCCACCGCCUCUCUCCCCGCGACAUCGACACCCUCCACGCCCACUUUACCGCUCAAUACCCGCACACCGCGCUUGACCGCUCGACAUUCGCACUGCAACUCAAAGAAUGGCGACGCCUUGGCAGCAUCUACAUGUUCAUAGCGCGACGGCUGGGAUGGGGCAGCCUGUUAUAUCUGCAGGCGUUCAUCGUGCCGAGUCGGUGCUGGGGAGCGAGUAAAGGCGGGGAGAAGAGCGGGGCGAGCGAGCGGGCAUUCAAGCAUCUAGAGGGGAUUGGGCUUGUGGCAUUGUGCGAGGCCAAGGGGGCGAACGCGUGUGUGCGCGGUUUGUUGGUGGAAUUGUGUAAGGACUUUGGGCAGUUUGUAUUUUAA